AUCGAGGUGAACACUGCUGGGGCCAGGGAACAGAAAAACCUACAAACCAUCAGCUUCCCGGAGACGCAGUUCAUCGCCGUCACUGCUUACCAGAACACCGACAUAACACAACUGAAGAUAGACAACAACCCUUUUGCCAAAGGUUUCCGGGAUACGUCCUUUGAUCGCGUUCGAGAUAUGAGAGACCGUUUCAGGGAGUACCCACACAACGGCCCGCAUGCAGCCCCAGUGGCAAUCGCUCCAGUGCCUCGCCCCUAUAGCCAACCACAUCCUGCCCAAUAUACACAACAGAUCCCGUCUCAGUACGAAAGACCAGGAGUUCCAACAACAGGGAUGUACAACAUGACAUACGACCAGAUACAGAGGGUAGCCCCACAGACACCAUACCACACCAUUGACGAGAGGGAAUCGUAUGUUCCAAAUGGAGAUUGGACUAUGGGACAAGGCUAUAGACAGUACCCAGGCGCCUAUGAAUCUGCUCCACUGUCCAACUGUCAGCCAAUCACCGAAGAGAUGCAGCCUCCGAUAGAUUACACCAACUUUGGUCAGCUAAGGAACACAUCUCCGACUUCCGUCUACUCAAUAACAUCUCCUUUAUCAUCGAUAGGAACAACACAAAACACCAAAACGGAACCUCUGGACCUGCAGUCAUCGUAUGUAGAGUACAAACCGAGCCUUGUAUCAAUGGAACCCUCACAAUCAAUGGCGGGAAAACGAUCGUUCGAUUCCUAUUUGGUUGAACCUGAAACAACCCCGAGUGACAGCAAUGGACCAACAAUGAAACGUCAAAGACUAUCAGAUGGAGAGUCACCCACAUCUAGUUCCCCGGAUGUCGAUUCUUCCUUAGAGGACCCUCAGAUUACAGGGAUUGACACAGACGGACAAUUCACCUUUUUCUCUAGACCAGAAAUGGGUCAUUAUCAUAUGUCGGACAUAUCAUCUGUCCAUGGUUUCGGC